GCACACUGACUGCACGAAUACAUACCUCAGUGGUUUUGAGUUUACAUCUAGGGGGGAAAGAACAGCUGAAAAGAAUCAAUACUUUGUCUUGUUCAAAGUAAAAAUCUUGGGACUAUCUCGCUCCUGUUUUCUUUUUUUCCCCCUCAGCCAGACGCCAUAUGCACGCCUUCACUGGUCGACCCACUUUUGACUGGACAGACUCUGCUCCCUCUAUCAUUAGACUGUGUUUAUCAAAGGCUUUGAAAUCUGGAGUUCGUCUAUCAAGCCAGUUUAUACUUUUUAAAGCUAAUCGUUCAGCACACUCAGGCGAACAUGUAGAGAUGGAUUUUAUGAAGCUGUUUGGCACCGUAAUCGCAGUUUUGUUGCACCCUGGAUCCGUUUCUAAAGUAAAUGGCCAAAGGAUCUGUCGGCACGGGACAGAGCGCCCAUGCUACAAGGUGUCCUACAUCCAGGACAGCAGACAGAGGCUGACCUUUGAGGAUGCCAGGCAGGCCUGUAGGUUGGAUGGAGGCGACUUGCUCAGCAUUGAAACAGAAAGCGAGCAACAGCUGAUGGAGAGGUUCAUACAACAGCUGCAGGCUGGAGAUGGAGACUUCUGGAUCGGGCUCCGCCGCAGCCCACAGCAGUACAGGGCAGGGACCACAAGCCCAGGUUGCCCCUCGCAGUACUAUUGGCUGGAUGGAAGCAAGGCCAAGUUCAGGAACUGGCAUUGGGAUGAGCCAUCUUGUGGUGAAGAAAUGUGUGUGGUUCUGUACCAUCAGCCCUCUGCGCCACCUGACGAAGAAGGUCAUUUCCUGUUCCAGUGGAAUGAUGACAACUGCAACUCCAAGAACAACUUUGUCUGCAAAUAUCCUGAAAAAAAAGUACCAGUACUUACUGAGAAAGAGAACACAGCACAUGCAGUUCCAUCUCUGAGGCCAAGCUUAUUCUCGACGACAGAAAGUGACAAGAGGGUAAAAAUAGGCCUACCCGAGCCAUCAGUAUCGCUCUCAGACAACACCCUGUAUGUUUCCUACAUCCUUUAUGCAACUAUCCCUGCUCUACUGCUGCUGCUGUUUGCAGCUGCUGGGUUCUUCUGCUACAAACAGCGCGCUAAGAGGAGGAAGACAGAAACAGAAAGCUACCCCAGCAGAUCAAAACAGUGGAUGUCAACAACAGCUUCACCUUGUGCCAUGCAAGGACCCUACGCCUUUAGUGACAUUACCAAACUGCCUCACACUGGUCUGGACAGCAGCAUGCCAGCUGACAUCAUGACAAAGUACUUCUGCACUCCUUCCCAGGACUCCCAGUGUGACGAUUAUGAGAAUGUUUCAUGCACAGACAGGGAGAGUGGCUUUGUGACCAAUGACAUCUAUGAGACCUGCAAAGCUCAAAGCCGCCGCUGCCACAGUCAGACUGGUUGGGUAGAAAAUGAGAUCUAUGGAUAACACUUUUGAUGCCCAUCUGGUCUCUGUGAGUGUCUGUCAGCUAGACAGAGGAACACAGGUUUAUGCAUCCCUUUCUUCCUGUACACCCGACUGGUUAUUUGUGUGGUGCAGGAUUAUUAAACACUUGGCUGUGUCAGCAUGGACUUAGAUUAUCUGAACACAGAUCUCCUGUGUGUAUCUUUAGGGAUGCAUCCUGAGAAGCCAGCAUCCAAAGUUGCAAGUUAGAUUAAUGCUUAAAGCAGGGUUUCCCAAAGUUUUGUAAAGUGUGCCUCAACAUUUAGGUCCCCAACUCACCUGAACCCAACCAAUAGAAAGUUCUCAAAUUGUUCAUCAAAUUAUAAAUGGUGUACCUUUGGGUUCAAUAGAAAUUUUGAUGGGUUGUAUAAAAAUUAUAAUAUAUUAUAUAUAUAAUAUAUAGGGCGGCACGGUGGUGCGGUGGUUAGCACUGUCGCCUCACAGCAAGAAGGUUGUGGGUUCAAAUCCCGAUUGCCUUUCUGUGUGGUGUUUGCAUGUUCUCUCCAGGUGCUCCGGCUUCCUCCCACCAUCCAAAGACAUGCUGGCUAGGUUGAUCAGUUACCUUAAAAUUGUCCUUAGGUGUGAGUGGUUGUUCGUCUAUGUGUGGCCCUGCAAUGGACUGGCAACCUGCACAGGGUGUACCUUGUGCCUGAUGUCAGCUGGGAUUGGCUCCAGCCCCCCCCGCGACCCUGUACGCAGGAUAAGCGGUUGAUGAUGGAUGGAUAGAUGGAUAUAUAUAUAUUUUUAAAUUGUAUCAAUUAAUUGUAUUAAGACUAAGAUUAGAUAUCUGUGCUAGCAGCUCUGUGAGGCUGUGUUUAGGCCUAGUGCUACUUUGAGCUAAAUGUUAGCAGGUAUAACGUUCACCAUGUUCACCAUCUUAGGUGUGUUAGCAUGCUAACAUUUGCUAAUAAGCACUAAACAUAAAGUACAGCUAAGGCUGCUGGGAAUGUCAUUUGUUUUCCAGGUAUUUGGGUAUAAACUAAAGUAUAAAAUAGAUGGAAAGUUAGGGGAUCAACAAAGUUAUUAUAAUCCUGAGGGGGACAUGAUGGUAGUCCAUCCAAUUACUGUUCAGACACUUCACUUAAAACCAUAAAUGACAACCAUAUGGUGGCAUUAAUGUCAUUACAAUACAUCAUCCAGACAAAUUCUCUGACACAUUAUGGAACUUCACAGCAGCACUAAGGCUUUGGUUUCAGACAGGCAUUAAUGAACUCAAAUAAGCAGAAAUGAGUCAGAUCAGUUUUGCAGUGCUGCUAUAUUUGGCACGGUGAAUUGCACAGUUCAACCUGGAAAUAAGUACAAGUUUUGAGGACUCACGCAGGGUUACUCAUGUUAUAAACAAUCCAAAAUUAAACUACUCAGCCAUUCAGCCUGCUCACGUCACGAUAUGAGACACAGGGACAAAAGAUCCUGUUGGCACUGUAUGGCAGUGAAAUUGUCUUUUUUUAUUCUGACCUUUUCCCUAAACCUGAAAAGUGGUGUCAGCCCUGUGUAAGCCUUCCUGUUUGGACUCUGAUGUCAGGGAACAGGACAGUACAUGUGGAAAAACUGAUGACAGAACUCUGCUGACCCCAGCAAGCCUCAAAGCUGUGGGCAUUCCCAACUCCACCUGACUGUGUGAGAAACUGAACCCUCCCACUGAUCUGACAACAUAGACUUUUUAGGACCAGUUUGGAAUUUGCCAUGGACUCAUUCAUCAGUGUUGCUUGUAUAAACAAAUGCCUGCCUUUUAAAUUUGUAAAAUAAUCAUGGAUAUACAUUACUGAACACAAAUGCCUGUGUUAUUUCUGAGUGUGUACUGAGUGGGCUGUUGAGUCUUGGCGUCUCGGAAAGAUGUAGCAAGCCCAGUAAGGAGAGGCUGAGUGUGUUCUUGGAGAAUGUUAGACAGGAAAUGCCAAAAGCACAUCUGGAACUCUUACAUUCAGGAAGUCUAUGCGUGACAGCGGAGAGGCCUUCGAAGCGCUGCUUUGCCUGCCCGCUUAGUAAUCCGUUGUUAUGUGUUUGACUGUCACUGCAUGAGCUGAAGAGAACAACUGCUGGGUGUGAACGUGUGCCGUAUGUAUCGCAAACAUGAAGUGAGUUUUGGGUGUCAAAUAAAGUUUGGGCUGAUGAAGAUGCACUCCUUGGGUAUAUAUUCAAAUGCAUGUGUAGGGGAGUGUGUGACAUUAAAUGUGUGUGAAUGUAAAACGCCUGUUACUAAAGCACAAAUACUACUGUACUGAACAAAAUUUCAAAAAGAAACGUUUGGCCUUGCUUUAAUUACCUGUUUUUGCCAACAGAUGGUGCUGUUAUGUAGCUGACCAAAGCGUCUUUGUGGCUGAUAAAUGUCCAGUUUCACAUGAGGUCCUUGCAUGUUACAUUAUAUAAUGUUAGAUAUUGUAACAUAGGGGAUUUGUACUGCCCAUUGCAAUAUUUUCUGGAUUAAAUAACUGAAAGUACA